AUGGUGAUGAUAGUAUUCUUUAUAGUUUUCCUAAUAAUAUUCAAAAAAUCUUUCAAGCUCGGAUUGGUGGAAAAAAACCUUUAGUUAUUCUUGCAGAAUUGGAGCAAUAUUGUGCAGAAAAAAAUCCUUUUGAUCAAAAAACAUAUAAGCAGUUUGAUAAUCCUUUAAAAUUUUGGAAUCAUGUUGCAGAAAUUUCCGAUAAUGAAAGUUUCGAUUUAUUAAGUGAUGAAAAUACUUAUGAAGAUACUUAUACUGAAGAUACCUAUGUUGAUGAUGCUCAUGUUGAAGAUGCUCAUAUUGAAGAUACUUAUGUUGAAGAUACCUAUGUUGAAGACAAUACCUAUGUUGAAGAUACUUAUAUUGAAGAAUUAAAUAAGUCAAAUAGUGGAGAUAUUCAAACUGUUGAUAAUUGGCGCUAUUUAGUAUCUAAGUGGAUAAAUCUAGUAGAUGACGAAGAAAUUAAUGAAUUGGUUAACAAUAAUCCUUUAGAUGAUGACAAUACAACUUUAGAUUCUUUUAAAGAUUUGGGUACCACACAUUCUGCUGAAGAUCGUGAAGCAAAAUGGAA